AUGAAAUUUCAUGAAAAAGUUGCCAAAGUGAUUGAGAAAGCAAGAGAAGAAGAUCAGAAACCUCAAAGAUCUUACCUUCCACAACAGCAGAUUUAUAAAAAGUUGAAAUUUUAUGACAAGAAGUUUGGAGUCCAGAUCAUUGACAAGCUGAUGAAGAAGGAAAAAGAUUUAAAAUCGAUAAAAUAACUAUAAUAAAUUUUGGCAAAAGAGAAAUAAAGAGUUAAUCCAGGAGAAAAUCAAACCAAGUCUGUCUCACCAAGCCUUACUCACUCAAACAGAUGAGAUUACCGAACCUCUUAAGAAUCACAUGCUUCCAUACAUAAAGACAAGCAGGAAUGAUCAUUCUAGAUGGCUAAAUGACACAUUUGAUGAAACUUUGAAGAUGCUGGAAGAAGCUAACCUCACAAGAUCUCUAACAAGAAUUGAGCAUCAAGAGAAAUUAAAGGUUCCUGAAGUCCAAGACUCAAUGCAUGUAUUAAGAAAUAAAGGAGAUUAUUACGUCCAAAAGAGUCUUCUUAACUCUAUUUAUUGCUCAACUCAGACUGGGAUGUUUAAUCAAAGAUACAAGGACUUGGUGAAUGCUAGAGAUCUUUUCAUGGAUAAAGAUGGAAAAAUCGAUGUCAGAGCAGCCAAAGAAGGGCUGAAAUAAAGAUCUUGAUAAAAAUCUAGCAAAUCUAUUACAGCUACAAGCGAAGAAGAGAAAAAGAAAGAGAGAAAAGAAACUCAAAAAAUUAGAGAGAAAAUAGCAAACUGCAUGAGUACGAGAGGAUCUUGCAAAGCUAUGAAAAGAAUAAAAAUGAUUUUACAAGAGAGUAUGAAGAAAAAUCUCUGGCACUCCCACAAGUUAAGCCUGAUGUGAGCCCUCAUAUGUUGAGCUCUGAUUUUCCUAUUAACCUAACAAUUAGAAGGGAUGAAUCAUUCAUUAAAGAAAAUUCUACUGUUAAGAAAAAUAAUCCUUCCCCAGUAAAGCUUAAAAAAAACACCACCGCCAAGGAACUAAAAGACAUAUCCUUCAUCCUCCCCCACAACUCCAGUAUCAACAUCCAAAUCCCACCCACUGCCUCCAAAUCCCCCUCCAAAAUCCAUCCUCUCGCCCCCACUUUCUCCCCCCAAAACCCCACUAAAAGAGCCUCAGUAUUCAACUUCUCCUCCUCCGACCCCCGCCCUCCUCUGAUCUCAGCCAAAGAUCUGAAAACUUGUACUAUUGAGAAAUUAAUGACGCUUAAUUUUGAGAGGAGGGAGGUUCCUGUGGAGCCGAAGGUGAAGCAUAAAGAUUGUGAUGAAAUAGUUCAGAUAGUUAAGAGGUUGAAUAAGGAAGAGGGCAAUUUGAUUAGGUCUAAGAAGAAAGAGAAAUAUUAUAUAAGACAGAUGGAGAAAUGUAAGAGGAAGUUAUUUAAGAUGAAAGUUUAAGUGAGAUUAAGAAGGUUCAAUUUUU